AUGGCUCCAAUUUUACCUGUUGAUUGUUUUGAGGAAAUAUUCCGCUUUUUACAAGAAGACAAAACGUCUUUACACUCAUGCAUUCUUGUCAAUCGACUCUGGUGUGAAAAUACAGCACCUUUUUUAUGGCGACAACCUUUUACUUUUCUCGGUACAACUCUUAGAGCCUCAGAAAAAUUAAUACAGACAUAUCUUUCCUGUCUUAAUGAAAAAGACAGGAGUCUAUUAAUAACGAAUGGUAUUAAAUUACCAAAAUUAUUAAGACGUUCGACCUUUAACUAUGUAACAUUUUUACGAAAUUUUCAUUUAGAAAGACUUCAAAAAUCUAUAUCAAAAUGGAUGAAAUCGAAUCAACAAAAAAUUGAUCAAGUAUCUCAAGACAUAAUUCUUUAUGUACUUCUUAGAUUCAUCACAAAAUACUGUCCGUCUCUUGAAUCAGUAUACAUAGUGUUAAAAUCUCAACCAAUAAAGCCAAUAAGUGGAGAUUCUAUACACAUUCAUUUUGAUGAUUGGGCUGAUAAAUUUACGAGUAUUAGAAAACUUUCAAUUGAUUUUACUGAUGAACCAUUCGAUUAUAAUGAAGAUAACGAAAUUCAUAAUAUUGCGAGACUAAUAAGGUCACAAAGUAUCCUUCAACAUAUUAAACUUAUAGGGAAAUAUCAAGUUUGCCCCGAAUUUAUUAUUUCAUCUUUGGGAGAUACAUUAACAGAGGCUGAAUUUUAUAAUUUGAAUUUUGAAGAGGAUACGUCAAACUUAUUGGAAUGUUGUAAAAAUUUGGAAGUCCUAAUUUUUGAUGGAUGUUAUUUUCCAAUGAUAACAACAAAACAACCUUUGAGUAGCGCUUCGCUUUCUCGUAUAAGGAAAUUACACAUAAUUGAGACAGAUUUUCAUUUUAAUGAUGAUGUUCUAUUAAAGUUGAUUCGAAAUACAAAUUCAAAUUUGCAAGAGUUAUACAUCACUCGUCACGUAUAUCGUGAUAAUAUUGAAAGUCUACCAAGAAUCAAUUCUGCUUUAGUGAAAUAUUGUCCAAAUAUAAUCAGUUUGAAUAUGCCAUUCUACACGAAUGAAUUAAUAUAUCUUUCAACAUUUAUUAAAGCGUUUCCAAAACUCAGGAGCUUAUCGAUCGGUUCUCGAUGGUUUGAUGAGAGUCCAAUCAAUUAUCGAUCAUUUGAAUUUGGACGCAUACUACCAACUACUUUACAAUGCUUGGAGAUCAAUAUGCCAUGUUCAUUUACUGCCGAGUUAUUUGAGAUGUUUCUUGCGUUAUUAAAGUCUCCCUUGGAAAUUUUGAGAAUUCCUUAUUGUCAAUGUAUAUCGGAUCAACAUUUAGAUGUUAUCACGCGUUAUCUUGGGAAUAGUCUUAAGGAGUUAGAUAUCCAAUGGGCCGGUUGUGUCACUAGGGAAGGUUAUCUAAAAGCGCAAAGUUAUAUAAAAUUUAUUUAUAUCAAAAAUUCCGAAGAAAUUGUUUAG